AUGCGUGUCUCCGCUCAGCUCAUCGCCAGCCUGGCCCUCGCCGCCAGCGCCCACGCAAGCCUGUACGGAAGAGCACGCGAGACAUCCACUAGCACCGAAGUAAUCACUACUCCAACCGAAACGGCCACUAUGGCCACCCCUGUCGUCGAUAACGACAUCUCCGCCACGGAGACCAACACCCCCGAAACAACCGAGAGCGACGAAGUCCCCACCGUCCUUUCCAGCGCGGAUGCCCAUCCCGCCGAGACGACAAGCAUCCCUCUCAUCAAGCCCACCGCCGCCGCAUCCUCCUCUGCCGCGGCUAGUUCUUCCGCCGCCGGCGUCUCGACUACCGCGCGUCCCAAGGCUACUGGCACUGGCGACUACGUUGGUCUCGUCGAUCCCAAUGAGGAGUCGAGCAGCAGUCGCGGCCACAGCAGUGACAGUGGCAGCACCAGCAGCACCAGCACCAGCAGCAAUGACGACGGUGAAGAGAACCCUAAACCCACCACGGCCCGUCAUACCAGCCCUGGCUCCACCCUCGUGGUGCCUGGCCUCGCUGCUCUGGGUAGUCUUGCCAUUGGCCUGAUGGUUCUCGUUUGA